CUGAUAUGACGUCCUUCCAUUCUCAGCGCGCAUGCGCGGCUCAGGGAGUGCGCAGCGUGGCGAUCGGCGGUGCACUGUGUCCCUCGGACACAGCGAAUCAGCGAGUCACAGCCGGGGACAUGGGCACUGAUGAUCAGUGUAGCCCCAGCAGUGCCACCUGUCAAAGUCCAUCAGUGCCGAUCAGUGCCACGUGCCAGUGUCGCUCAGUGCCACAUCAAUGCCACAUAUCAGUGCCCAUCUGAGCUGCCUUUCAGUGUCAUCCAUCAGUGCCAGUCAGUGCCGCCUAUCAGUGCCGCCUAACAGUGGCAUGUAUCAGUGAUGCCUUUCAGUGCCCAUCAGUGAUGCCUGUCAAUUCCCAUCAGUGA